AUGCCGCGCAGCCUCGGCGUUCCCUUCCGCGGAAUGGGGAAACUCCGGGCCACACCUGGCCAAGAAGCGGCGGACGGGGAGGCCCCGGCUGCCGCACUGACCUGUUCUGAUCCAAGACUCCACGCGCGUAGCCGGGGCCCCGGCGCCGCCAACGACACCGUCGUAGUCAACUCGCGGCUGCAGGCCGGGCGCGCCCACCCCGCCGGGCGCUUCCGCCCGCCCCACGUGACGCCCCGGGGAGGGGAGGGCGGGGAAGGAGGCCAGGACCCGCCCCCUUCCCGGCCACGCCCAGUCACGGUCCUGGAGUUCGCCGGCCUUGCGGACACCUUGAUCUCUGCGUCUCCCCUGUCCAUCUCGCUGCUCACAGAUCUACGUCUCCUGAAGCUGAGGUCUGCCUCCACCAGCCCCGCCUUCUGA